AUGGAUAACUGGCCGUUGCUCGGCCGCCUAAGAAGAGCAGUCCACAAGGUGAGGUUUCUAUUGAAUUUCGACCUCCACCGGUGGAUUUCCAACUCCGCGACGGGGCGGGGCCCUUCAAGCAAGCGGCUCCUGAGCUUCAGCAACCCCUCGGGCUUGCGGGCAUGCGCGUCAAUGGACGAUAAAGAGUACCAAGACUCACCGGGCUCUUCGAGAGGGUCAGGGCUUCAGAGAACGAUAAGUUAUCCCUCCGAGGACGAUGUCGACAGUAGAGCUGAGAUGUUCAUUACUAACUUCCAUCGCCAGCUUCAGCUGGAGAGGCAGAUUUCUAUGGAUCUCCACUAUUGCCGGGGAAAUAGCUUCGGGUCGAGGUCGCCGUGA